AUGAGGCCGAUCCUGAUGAAGGGCCACGAGCGCCCGCUGACGUUCCUGCGCUACAACCGCGACGGGGACCUCCUCUUCUCCUGCGCCAAGGACCACACCCCCACGGUCUGGUACGCCGACAAUGGCGACCGCCUCGGCACCUACCGAGGCCACAACGGCGCCGUCUGCACCUGCGAUGUCUCCCGCGACUCGGCACGCCUCAUCACCGCAUCCGCCGACCAGACCGCCAAGCUCUGGGAGACUGGACAACGGUUGAAAGAGUCUGAUAAAGAAUCUGGACAUCAGAAGACCAUUUCAUCAUUGUCAAAAUCCUCAGAUUGGUCACAUUUCAUUACUGGCUCCUUGGAUAAAUCUUCUAAGCUAUGGGAUACAAGAACGCUAACACUGAUCAAGACGUAUGUCACAGAGAGACCUGUUAAUGCUGUUGACAUCUCUCCUACUCAUGAUACAGUAGUUCUAGGAGGUGGUCAGGAUGCAAUGAAUGUGACUAUGACAGACCGCCGUGCUGGUAAAUUUGAGGCUAAAUUCUAUCACAAGAUUUUGCAAGAGGAAAUUGGUGGUGUUAAAGGACAUUUUGGGCCAAUUAAUGCUUUAGCAUUUAAUCCUGAUGGGCGAAGCUUUUCGAGUGGUGGUGAAGAUGGAUAUGUAAGGCUGCAUCAUUUUGAUUCCGACUACUUCAACAUCAAGAUGUUGUUUGAGACUCAACUGGUACAGUUUCUUGGUUCAGAUGUUGCUGGUUGA